ACAUACUGCAAUUUGUUUAAAUGGCGUGGGUAUAAAAGUAAUCUGGGCAAUGGAAAAGACGGAAAAAUGCAGAUAACGACUCUAAUUAUUGUCUACGUGCUAACGGCACUUGUUCAAGCCGACCGUGGAGGUCUUCAACAUCGCAUCGUCCAAGGAAAGAUGGCCGAAAUUGGCCAGUUUCCGUAUCAGGCGUCUCUUCGGAACUCGAGCCUCGGCCAUUUCUGCGGUGGCGCUAUUGUAAAAGGAUAUUCGGUGAUCACCACCGCAAAAUGCGUCCAAGGGUAUAGCCCCGAAAGCAUCUUCGUGGUCGUAGGUACCAACGAGUUGGCCCCGAGCGGAAGAACAGUUGCGGUAGUCGCCAUUUUAAGACACGAGGCUUACGACAGUGGCACUUUGAAGAACAACAUCGCCCUACUUCGCACGAAAGAGGACGUGACACAAGCGUAUAAAGCGGGAAAAAUCGAUUUGAACUACGGCUCGCCCUUCGCCGGUCAGAAGUGCACGCUGUCCGGUUGGGGAAAGGAGUCCGCAUCUGCGCUUGCGUACUCGAACUACUUGCGUUACGUCGAACUCACCUUAAUUUCCGUGAGCGAAUGUCAAACGGCUUGGACAGGUUACGACGUCGAUGCUAACAACCUCUGCACCAAACCGGAAGGAAAAGGUGGCUGUCACGGAGAUAAUGGGGGACCGCUGGUCAACAACAACAACGUACUCUACGGACUGUUAUCCUGGGGCUAUCCGUGCGCGACGAACAAACCUGACGUCUACGUUAGUAUAGCAAGAUAUGCCAAUUGGAUCAACGAGCGCGCAAUGUAAAUAGCCAUAUUUGUAGAUGGCAAAUAAAGCUUAAUCUGUAAUUAGUGUCAGGGAAAGUUUAUCAGGGCUAAUGUUUCGGGGAUCAGUAAAGGUUUUUAUUUUUCAAUCCGAAAAUAUUGUACAUUAAAUCUUUUUGAUCAGU